AUGCAGUUUGGUAAGGCGUUAACAGAAGUAAAGAAAUUAGCGACGGGUUAUUAUAUUGGCGGCAUUAUAUUGUCUGUUGCUUUCUUUUUUUUAAAGAUUACGAAUGGUUUAUGUACGUUUAUUUUUGGUAUGAAAGACGAAUGCGGUCUUGAUCGAAGGGAGCAUGAGAUUAUGAUAUUCCUUGCUGUUAUGAUAUGCUACAAGAAUAGGAAGGCAGCAAACUGGAUGCACUGUUUAGCAAAUAUAUUCUUAUUCUCCAAAUUAGCCAAUAUUUUCUUAUUUUUGCGAGCCGACCUUAUUGCUGGUAUUGUCUACAUUUGUGUUUGUUUAAGAGGAAAUUCAACGAAAUACAAAAAUGACUUGGCUAAUUUAUUUUUACACCUCCUGGUCACCAGAAUGCAAGCACGUUUCUCACGUUUUUGCCCAGCUAAGUUUCAUUUGCCAAAUCUAAGAUUUGCUAAAUUAGACGUAGGAAAAUGGUCACAGGAAGCGAACCGGUUCCGUAUCAAUAUACAUCCUAUCAGUAGACAGUUACCGACGAUUUCGUUGUUCAAAGAAGGUAAAGAAAUACAGCGAAGACCGGCAGUACAUAACCGACGUGCUCUGCCUUUCGUUUUCACUAAAGAGAACUGCAUCCUUGCAUUUGACCUUAUUAAUUUGUAUGAAAAAUGCAAGUCAAGCAUGACAAAGCACGAGAAAGAAGAGUUUAUGAAUGAACAAUCGAAGAAGGAAAAGCAAAACUAA